UUCAUUUAAUUAAGUCUAAUGCUCUUUACUUGUAUAAAUCCAUUACACUGAUAUAUAUUCAAGUAUUUAGUUCUGUUCAUUUUUCACAGCUAGUUAAAACCCAAAAUGCACUUUCUCAAGAAAUGAAAAUAUUAUAGAAGACUGAUUAAAUAAGUAGUUUUGUUACUGUCUUAUGGGGGAAGAUUGCUGCCUUGACAGAUGUCUAGAAUCCAAAACUGUUCUGUAUUAAUAAGAUGGGUGCUGUAUUUGAGCAUAUUAAUGCUAAGUUGAGUGGAAGAACAAACAGUGAUAGAAAAUUAUGUCCAAGAAAUUGGCAGUUGAAGCUUUAAAGGAAUUGUAAAGUGAUUGUAUUUGAUAGUUUAGUAAAGUUUCACAACAUGUCAACUGCAGCUUCAAGGGAUUCAGAAAAGGUUAUAAAGGUCAUGGGCCACAACUGCAAUGCUUCCCGUACAAAGCUACUGACAACAUCCGAAAUAUCUUACCUUGAUUAAUGGGAAAAAAGGACUUGAUUGUUGCUCAAUAAUAAAAUGUCCUCUUUUGAGAUUAAAUCAAAUUCUAAAUUUCAAUUGCGCCAUGUUAAGACUUAACUGGCCAGCCAAUCGGACCUAAAUAUUAUGGAGAAAUUGGUGGAAGAUGAGAUACCAUAGUCUUCAAUGGUGAAAGGUGCUGUUAAAGGCAAUUAACUUUCUUAACAUUUAUGUUGAACCACAGGGUGACUGUCUCCAUGCAAUGCAAUAUUGAUGCAGUAAUUCAGGAAUUACUGCAUCAACAUUGCAUUGCAUGGAGGCAGUCAGUGUCAUGAAUCCAAACAGUGUUAAAGAGCUUAAAUCAUUUUAAACUUACAAGAUAAACUUCAGGCGGCAUGUAAUACUUCUGUGAUUAUUAAGAUAUUUUCUUCAAAACCCAUUAGCUUCAGGUUGUUUGUUUAGUGCGUCUAGCUUUAACGUAAUAUCUCUCACUAAUUUGACUUGGUGUCGUCCUUAAGAGCAGAAGUUUGCUUUUCAUUUGUGGCCUCUGAAAUAUCCACUUAACGACCUAGUGUUACUCAUUGAACUGCUGAAUUGCAAUGUUCAAAUCGGGUGUUAACUUCAAGACUAUGUUUUCCACUUGAGCUGAUGUUUGAGCAGCCAUUUUAAAAUUUACAAGGUAAAUGGUUGUUAUAUAGUAUUUCUUCUGUCAUUAGGACAAUGAGAACAACUACUCCACGAAUUAACAAAUUCAUGUAGACUAAGUGUUUUUUCUGUCAUCUGCUUGUUUUAUGUAGGUUAAACAUUCAUAUUCAGAGGGAACAUAUCUGUAUCACUGCUAUAAAUCACUGGAAAAGAUAGGAAACUCAAGAUAAGGCUUUUCACCUUUUUUAAUUCAGUCUUGUCUAUUACCAGAUUAAUUAAACAUGUAAUCUAGCUAUAAUGUAAAUUUUUUUUUUUUUUACUGUUAUCAAAUUUCUUUUUAUCCUAAUGUGUCUUUCUUACUAUAAAGAAUGUGUUUUUCGGUCUGAACGGCUGGUCAGGAUAAUUUAUUGUAACCUAGUGGAAUAAAAAUAAAAAAGCAACGUGCAGGAAGCAGUAAAUACAGUUUAUUGGAGAAGAUGUUAAAUUAUUUAAGCCAGCUUUCAAAUUCUGGAAAGAAACAUUUUCUACUUUAUUUGAAAUAGUUUACAUUUUCUUUCAUAGGAGAAUUUUGCAAUAUGUAGAUUUUGGAUGAGCGUUUUGUACAAUUUUUUUUUAAAUACUUUUGAUUAAAAAUAUUAUUACAGCAUUCCAUGAGGUAGCUGUUAAAAAACCAAGAAGAAAAACCGUAUUUGCAUAAUAAAUCUGUAACCAUGUCAACAGUCAGCCAAUGAAGGUCCGUGUCGUCACACACCAGGAAGUCAUGUCCGUUGAACCUACCGGCUUCUUGAAGUUGCAUCCCGUCCUGUGGUAGCGCCUUCUGAGGGACGCACGAGAUGUUGCUGCUGGUGCUGAGCACCCUCCUCCUCCUCUUCUGCAACCUGGAUGUGUGGUACUUCCUGCGAGGGGCCCAGGUUUUUGUAGAAGCAUGGUUCCUACCCAGAAUAGAAGACAUUCUAGCUGAGCAAAGUAUCGAUGGCAUGGUCCUUCCUCAUGAUUUAGACUAUCUGGGCCAUAUGAACAACUCUAGAUAUCUGAGGGAGUGUGACUUUGCUCGCUUCCACCACUACAUGAGAAAUGGGUUGUUCAUGGCCUCACGUAAACUUGGGGCCAAAAUGGUAGUAGGGGCCUCCACCAUUCGGUAUAGGCGCUCUUUGGCCUUCAGAGAGGCUUUCCAGAUUCGUACCAAAGUGCUAGGCUGGGAUGAUAAGGCCUUUUACCUAGAGCAGCGCUUCGUGUCUAAGAGAGAUGGCUUUGUAUCUGCAGUCAUGCUUUGCAGGCAGAAUGUGGUGGGCAGCAGCCCAGAAAGCAUCAUGGAAUUUACCUACAAGAAGAAGAUUGAGUGUCCACAGUUUCCAGAGGAGCUCAAACACUGGAUCAGCUUCAUUUCAGCCAGCAGUCAGGCGCUGAGAGCAGAAAGCGGCUUGGAGGAUAAAAACAAGUGAAGGCACACAAGAUACUUUGGUAUCAUGAGUGGCGACGCAUAUCUCAGCAUUGCACACACUCAAACAUACCGGCACCUUUUAGAGUGUUUUAGUCAUCUUCAAAUACUCUACAUAUUCUUAUUUGGGGCCAGUCUCACACACUGUUUCUUAAUUGUUUGGUUUGUUUGAUGUGAAAAACUUUAUUUACUGCAGCUAAGUAUAAAAAAACUUGAAAUGAAGGAAACGUUUACUUUAAAAUAAAGUGAAUCCAAAACAAAGCUUUAUCUUUGUGACUUACCAAGUAGUUGACUGUGAGUUGGGUGUUCUCAUCUGAAAACAUCACUGAAUUUCAGAUUAGCAUGUAGCGCAAACAUUAAUAUUCUACCGGCAUAAAUGCAUGUUUCAAAACAAUCUGAAUAUUUUUCAAGCCUGUUUCUUAUAGUUUAGUAACAGCGUUAUAACUUAGAAUGAAAAACCAAAAACAUGUUUAAUGGACUAUUUGAAUUGGUAUAUUGAGCAUGUUUUGACGAGGUUUAAAACUGUGAGCAGUAUUUUUGAAGUGGUUAUUACCUGUUAACAAUCUGAAAGGGAAUACUCUAUUUUUAAAAAUAUAGCUAAACAUUUGUCAGCACUUUAUUUUACCAGAUUGAGAAAAAAAGAGCCCUUAUAGAAAAAGAUGACCUCUUUAUUAGAGCUGCAUGUGAUUUUUAAGAGAAUGUUUUUGAUUUGCAGGUAUAAUAAUCAACAGCUAACAGGAGGUUGCUGGCAACUUUUCAAAACCUGCCACGCACAAGAAAGUAUGAGUGUUUUUGUGCUCUUAUUGAGAAAAUAAUUGAAAUGUGGAAACUUGUCAUUUAUGCAUCAGAAUUUUCUUUUUGUAACCAAAUUAACGUAUUGUCCUUAGUUAGAGAUAUUACAUUUUUUAAAUGUAUGCCUAAUCUUUUAUGUAUUUAUGCUGUCAAUGCUCUGUUAAGGAAAUCCUGGUUAAUACCUUGAAGUUUGAGGAUAUGGAUUGUAUGUUUAUUUUCCACCUACUGUUCUUUGAUUUAUGGAAAAUGAUUUGUCAGAUAUUAUUUAUUAUGUUUGUUAAUUAUUUUUAAUGCAUUUUAAAAUAAAAAUGCACUGAACCUUG